AUGCGGUCGGUCUACUGUAUAGACCUCGGCGAUCGCUGCACCGACGGCAAGACCUAUCUCAAAAGGGGUCUGGAGAACCCCAAGUAUCUGGAAGUCACUCCGGUUACCUUCAAAGUGUUUCUUCAAACUCACAAGAUGGAAGACCAUGCCGAUGCUUACCAAAACGCUGACUCUGCCGGGAAUCCGACGGCCUUUGUCUCGUGGCAGAGUACCGCCCGGAACAUGUUGUCCGUUGUGGGCUAUAAUGAGAACGACUUUCCCCGUCUGCCUGGCUGGUUGGCGAGAAUGAACUCGCGGCCAGUAGGCAGUGACGUCAUUGUCAAGCAAGACAAAAUAAUGGCGGAGCAGUUGAAAGCCGUGACUGCAGCUCUGAGAUUUGAAAGGCCCCUCAUGGACACUUGA